AGCUCAGAGCAACAAGCCACGAGCCACAGUGGAGUUUUUUUUUACGCGCGCUCCGCUCCGCUCGCUCGCUCAUUCUACUCAGCGCGCGUGGGCGGCUCCUCCUCGACCAACCUGUAGCGCCGCUCUCCGUGGAGCCAGUAGGAACAGUUGUAGUGGCUGUUAGUGGUAGUAAGAUCUAUAAACGCUCUUUCUCCGCCGUUCUGGUCUUCCGUGUUUCUCGGGCUGCCGAACAUCUCUUUCUCGUCGACUUUGAAGAGGAGCAGGUGCGUGGACCGACAGCAGUAGGGCGGUGGCAACAAGUGAUCUUGUCUGCGGAGCGCGUGCGCGAGAGUGUAAUUCGGGUGCUCAUCAAGUGGCCAUGGACGUGUUCCUUAAGGGCAUCUCGAGAGCCAAGGACGGCGUGGUGGCCGCGGCGGAGAAAACCAAACAGGGAGUGACCGGCGCGGCUGAGAUGACGAAAGACGGGGUGAUCUUUGUCGGUACCAAGACGAAGGAUGGAGUGACAACAGUUGCAGGAAAAACUGUGACUGGGGUGUCCAACGUGGGCGGGGCCGUGGUUUCCGGGGUUACCAACGUCGCCCACAAGACAGUGGAGGGGGCAGGCAACAUUGUUGCUGCAACAGGAUUGGUCAAGCGAGAUCCAGCCAAAAAUGAAGAGGAGGCUGCGGCAGCACAGACCGCCCUGGACUCUCCGGUAGAUGCAGACAGUGCAGACGCUACUGAGGGGGAGGACGACUAGAUCACGAACAGCCUCCAGAUUCACAUUCUAAGAACUACGACCAGAACAUUCCCCGCUCUACUGCCAAGUCCCGUUGUGCCUCCUCCUGAUUAACUCUGUGUGUCCGUGCACAUGCGAUUAUUGUGCGUUCAAGUGUGUGCGUUUUUUCGGAAGAUGUCUUUUUGUAUGUUGUUUAUAGGUGUACUCAAAUGUCUGACCUAGGGGGGGAUGUGAGAUGUGAUAUGUGUGUUUGACUAAAUGUGUGUCAACUAAUGUUUCAAGUCUGUUGUGAAAAUGUUGUCCUUCUUUGUCCUGCUGUUUCAGUGACUCCCUCCCACUGAGAAUGGCAUCUGGGCACAAAGAUGUUGUGUGUAUGUGUGUAAGUGUGUGUGUGUGCUUGUGUACGUGUGUAUCUGUGUGUGUGCGUGUCCUAUAUAUCUUCAGAAGCGAUUAAAAAAGUACAACUAAAUAAAAUAGGAAUAUGUCAGAACUGAACAUUAUACCACCUAAGUUUCUAUAUAGGGAGACCAAAAUGAAAGCGAAACAACUAUUACUCUAUUUUUGUGCGUAAAUCUUUUCUCGGAGUUGUUUGCGGUUGGCUGUCAAGUGCUCAACCAUUGGUGGACUCGUACUGUAUUUUUCUAAGUUGUCACCGUUUGCUAUUGAAAUGCAUAUUGUCGAUGUAGUUUAGAUUUAAAUAACAGCAUGUAUCCAUGAAUUCAUCUCAAACUGCCGUGAUAUGUAUGUUUGUUCUGUUAAGUGUUGAAAAAUAAAAUAUGGCUUUGUUCUGUAUGGCCAGGGUACUUAAAUAA